AGUGCCGUCAUCGCUACUCCACAACCUCUACGUCACAACUGUUGCAUACCGAAAGAGCCGUGUCGCACCACCAUCCAUUUCAUAAGUAACCAUGGCUUUUCAAACUAAGCAGCCAAUAGUCAUUUCCAUCUCACCUGGAUAAUUCAGACACACACACACACACACACAAUGAGCGGGCUCGACUACUCUUCUCUAGUUUCCAUUCCCAUCAGCUAUGCGACAUGUUCGCUCGGCAGCCCAUCAAACCCUCCGCCCCUGCUUGACCGACUACAGGCAAUAUCUGAUGCGGGCUUCUCUGCCCUUGAGCUGUCAUUCCCUGAUAUCCUUUCGUACGGCCAAACCUUGCUCGGCCAUGAGGUGCAACCAUCCAACUACGACGAACUCUGCACAGUGGCAGCUGAGAUCAAGAAAGAGUGCGACCAAAGGAACCUAGGAAUCAUGAUGCUGCAGCCAUUUGCCAACUACGAAGGUUGGCCCGAAGAUUCUCCUGGCCGCAAAGAUGCCAUGGACAGAGCACGCGGCUGGAUCCGCAUCAUGCAGGCAUGCGGAACAGACAUGCUCCAAGUUGGAUCAACCGAUACGCCGCUUGAAAAACUAGAAAGGAGCAAAAUGGUAUCGGACCUCCAGGUGCUAUGCGACAUGCUCAAUGAACAUAGUUUCCGACUCGCCUACGAAAAUUGGUGCUGGUCGACACAUGCUCCAGACUGGAAAGACGUCUGGAGCAUCGUCCAGCAAGUCGAUCGCCCAAAUAUCGGUCUCUGUCUCGAUACUUUCCAGACUGCUGGCGGCGAAUGGGGAGACCCCCGAACCGCAUCGGGCAUGCGCGAAGACGUGUCCAAGAACGAGCUAGAGAAGCGAUUCCAAAAGAGUCUCGAAGAACUCAGCACCAGUAUCCCAAAGGAAAAGAUUUAUCUCCUGCAAAUCAGCGAUGCAUACAAGGUACCGCAGCCGAUGAAUGCUGAGCGCGAUGAGUCUGGUCUGCUGCCUCGCGGACGCUGGAGCCACGACUUUAGACCGCUUCCAUACAACGGCGGUUACCUACCUGUUGUCGAUGUUGCAAGAGCAGUGCUCAAAACGGGAUUCCGGGGGUGGUUCAGCUACGAGGUGUUUGAUGGUGGAUCCGACGGCAAGAAGACAGAUGUAGAUAUUGUUACCUACGCGCGUGCUGCAAAGAAUGUACAAGAGCGUUUGCUGCAGGAGUGUGCGGGACAAAAAGUGCACGAGGAGAUGGCGACCAGAUGAUGUUACUAAGAUUUGUGGGUUGUCAUGAGUCGUGAUUGCUACGAUAAUGUAUUAUAGCUGGAUCCGUAGUUAAAAUGAAGGUAUACAACAC